AUAAUAUGGGGUUUCACAGGGCACUGAUGUACAAAUAAAGUCAAACAUUGUUGAGGCAGACUCUUUGUGUUACUUGUGCUGGGCUGGUGCUCACUUUGGGCUGCUCUCACAAGGCUGAUCUGUGGCCCUGUUUGAGUGAAGUUUGGAAAGGUGUGCAGAAUGGCUCCCAACGAGGCAGGGGAUGAACUUGUUUUCUUUGUGAAUGGUAAAAAGGUGGUGGAAAAAGAUGUGGACCCAGAAACAACCCUGCUAACUUAUCUACGAAGAAAAUUGGGCCUGUGUGGAACCAAACUAGGCUGUGGAGAAGGUGGAUGUGGUGCUUGUACUGUUAUGAUAUCCAAAUAUGAUCCCUUUCGGAAGAAAAUCCUCCACCAUACUGCCAAUGCUUGUCUCUUCCCUAUCUGUGCCCUGCAUCACGUGGCUGUAACUACUGUUGAAGGCAUAGGAAACACAAAAUCCAGGCUGCACCCAGCCCAGGAAAGAAUAGCAAAAAGUCAUGGGUCCCAAUGUGGCUUUUGCACUCCAGGCAUUGUCAUGUCCAUGUACACAUUGCUUCGGAACAACCCCGAGCCCCACAUGGAGGAUAUUGAAGAUGCUUUCCAAGGGAACUUGUGUCGGUGUACAGGCUACAGACCCAUUCUGGAAGGAUACAGGACGUUUGCUAAAGACAUGAAUUACUGUGGCAGAGCUGCCAAUGGCACUGGAUGCUGUCGUAGUGGGAAGGAAAUUACCAUGAAUGGGGGCUGCUGUGGAGGAAAAGCCAAUGGUCCAGGCUGCUGCAUGAAUGGAAAAGAAGACAGUGUGACAAUGACAUCCUCCAGCCUGUUCAAUUCUUCUGAGUUCCAGCCACUGGAUCCCACACAGGAGCCAAUCUUCCCACCAGAAUUAAUGACUCAGAGUAACAAACAGCAGAAGCAGAUGUGUUUCAAAGGCGAGCGUGUGAUGUGGAUCCAGCCCACAACUCUCAAUGAACUGGUGGCUCUCAAAUCCCAGUACCCCAAUGCCAAACUCGUUGUGGGGAACACAGAAGUGGGUAUCGAGAUGAGGUUAAAGAACCUUCUGUAUCCAGUGAUAAUAGCACCAUCAUGGAUCCCUGAAAUGAAUGCUGUUCAGCACACUGAAACAGGGGUCACCAUUGGUGCUGCCUGUACCCUGAAGUCAGUAGAGGAGGUGAUGAAAAAAGCAGUGGCAGACCUUCCUCCAUACAAAACAGAGAUCUUCCAGGCUGUCCUGGAGCAGUUGCGCUGGUUUGCAGGGCCACAGAUCAGGAAUGUGGCUGCUAUUGGUGGGAACAUAAUGACAGCAAGCCCAAUUUCUGACUUAAAUCCUGUGUUAAUGGCAAGUGGAAGCAAACUGACUUUGGUAUCAAAAGAGGGCAAAAGGACGGUCACAAUGGAUGAGAAGUUUUUCACUAGCUACAGAAAGACAAUAGUUAAGCCUGAAGAAAUACUUCUGUCUGUUGAAAUACCCUACAGCAAAAAGGGUGAGUACUUCUCAGCUUUCAAGCAGGCUUCUCGUCGUGAGGAUGACAUUGCUAUUGUGACCUGUGGGUUGAGGGUCCUGUUCCAAGAUGGCACAAGCAGAGUGAAGGAGAUAAAACUGAGCUAUGGAGGAAUGGCUCCUACCACUGUUCUGGCACUAAAAACUUGCAAGGAACUCACUGGCAGAGACUGGAAUGAGAAGCUGCUGCAGGAUGCCUGCCGCUUACUGGCGGGUGAGAUGGAUCUGUCUCCUUCGGCUCCUGGGGGCAUGGUGGAUUUCCGACGCACGCUCACCCUCAGCUUCUUCUUCAAGUUCUACCUGACAGUCCUUCAGAAACUGAGCAAGAGUGGCACUAAAACUAUGUGUGAGCCUGUCCCUUCAAACUACAUCAGUGCUACAGAGCUAUUUCACAAAGAUCCCAUUGCAAAUGCCCAGCUCUUCCAAGAAGUGCCCAAGGGGCAGGCUGUGGAAGAUAUGGUGGGCAGGCCUCUGGUGCAUGUUUCAGCAGCCAAACAAGCCAGUGGAGAAGCUGUGUACUGCGAUGACAUCCCUCACUAUGAGAACGAGCUGUACCUAACUCUGGUGACCAGCACUAAGGCCCACGCUAAGAUCCUUUCUGUAGAUACAUCUGAAGCUCAGAGUGUUCCUGGGUUUGUGUGUUUUGUCUCGGCCAAGGAUGUUCCUGGCAGUAACAUCACUGGCAUCGCUAAUGAUGAGACUGUCUUUGCUGAGGAUGUGGUCACCUGCGUGGGUCAUAUCAUUGGUGCAGUCGUUGCAGACUCACAGGAGCAUUCCAAGAGAGCAGCUAAAGCUGUGAAGAUUAAGUAUGAGGAACUUCAACCUAUUGUCACAAUUCAGGAAGCAAUUGAGAAACAAUCUUUCUUUAAGGAUAUAAAGAGGAUUAAUAAGGGAGAUGUGAAGAAAGGAUUUGAAGAAUCUGACCACAUUUUGGAAGGAGAGAUGUACCUUGGUGGCCAGGAGCAUUUCUACCUGGAAACUCACUGUACUUUGGCUGUGCCAAAGAGAGAAGAUGGUGAGAUGGAACUCUUUGUGUCAACCCAAAACCCAAUGAAGACACAGGAGUUUGCUGCUAAUGCACUUGGAGUGCCUUCAAAUCGGAUUGUGGUUCGAGUGAAAAGAAUGGGAGGAGGAUUUGGAGGAAAAGAGACUAGGAGUACUAUUUUAACAUCUGUAGUGGCUGUUGCAGCCUUCAAAACGGGCCGUGCAGUGCGGUGCAUGCUGGAUCGAGAUGAGGACAUGCUGAUAAGUGGUGGGAGGCACCCCUUCCUGGGGAGGUACAAGGUUGGCUUCAUGAAGAAUGGGAAAGUCAAGAGUCUGGAAGUGUCAUACUACAGCAAUGGGGGCAACUCUGUAGACCUCUCUCAUGGUGUAAUGGACAGAGCCCUGUUACACUUGGACAACUCAUACAACAUCCCCAAUGUCAGCAGCAUGGGCAUUGUUUGCAAGACGAACUUGCCUUCCAACACAGCCUUCCGUGGCUUUGGAGGGCCCCAGGGAAUGAUGGUUGCCGAGUGCUGGAUGAGUGACCUUGCUCAGAAGUGUGGCCUGCCGCCUGAGGAGGUGAGGAAGCUCAAUCUCUACCAUGAAGGAGACACAACUCAUUUUAACCAAAAGCUGGAGGGAUUUACUCUACAAAGAUGCUGGGAUGAAUGUUUGUCCAGCUCCAGCUAUCACAGCAGGAAGAAACUGAUUGAAGAAUUCAACAAGCAGAACCGCUGGAAAAAGAGAGGGAUAAGCAUCAUUCCUACCAAAUUUGGCAUCAGUUUCACUGUCCCAUUUCUGAACCAGGCUGGAGCUCUGGUCCAUGUAUAUACAGAUGGCUCUGUGUUACUUACACAUGGGGGGACUGAGAUGGGUCAAGGACUUCACACCAAAAUGAUCCAGGUUGCUAGCAGGGCCCUGGGAGUCCCCACAUCCAAAAUUUACAUCAGUGAGACCAGCACAAACACUGUCCCAAAUACCUCCCCAACAGCUGCUUCAGUCAGCGCAGACAUCAAUGGAAUGGCCGUCUAUAACGCGUGUCAAACUAUCCUAAAAAGACUCGAGCCAAUCAAACAGUCUAAUCCCAAAGGAUCCUGGGAAGACUGGAUCAAAACCGCCUAUGAGAGCUGUGUCAGCCUGUCAGCCACAGGGUUUUAUAGAAUUCCUGAACUUGGCUACAACUUUGAAAAGAACGAAGGGAAACCAUUCUCCUACUUCAGUUAUGGAGUUGCCUGCUCUGAGGUUGAGAUAGAUUGCCUGACAGGUGACCACAAGAACAUUCGCACCGACAUUGUUAUGGAUGUGGGUACCAGUCUGAACCCAGCAAUAGAUAUAGGGCAGAUAGAAGGAGCCUUUGUCCAGGGCAUUGGGCUCUUCACCAUGGAGGAGCUGCGCUACUCUCCUGAUGGGAACUUGUACACUCGAGGGCCUGGCAUGUACAAAAUCCCAGCAUUUGGAGACAUCCCAGCAGAAUUCAACGUGUCCCUUCUCCGUGACUGCCCCAAUAGCAAGGCAGUUUACUCAUCCAAGGCUGUGGGAGAGCCACCUCUGUUCCUGUCUGCCUCAGUGUUUUAUGCCAUUAAAGAUGCCAUCUACUCAGCAAGGAAGGACUCUGGCCUGACAGAGGCGUUCAGGCUGGACAGCCCUGCCACCCCAGAGAGGAUCCGCAAUGCUUGUGUGGACAUCUUCACCAAAAUGUGCCCUUCUGCUGAGCCAGGCACCUUUAAGCCAUGGUGUGUGCGUGUGUAGGAGGAAAGUCUGAGGAGCAAACUCUGCUGGAACUGAUCUUACUCCAGAGGAACCACAAGGCAGUAGGACCAUAAUGGCGAAAAAAACCAACCUGUGUUCAUGUGGCUCACCCACUGAUUCACGGAGCUUUCACAUUUAAUUGUCCAAUCAUUGCUUUCUCUAUGAGAGGCAAUUGCUGCCAGAUUAUAGCUGUGAUGUAAAUUCAAAUGAAGAGUAAGUUGAAGGUGAUGCUAUCCAAGUGUAAUUGAAAAAUCUUACAGAUUUCAUAUAAAAUUGCUGCAAGGAUGCUUCUUACCAGCUAAUGUGAAAUAGCAAGGUGCUUGUUUCUUUUUUUUUCCUGCUAUAAGGAAAAGCUAUAUCACCUUGUGAUGCUGUGCCAAGAAGGACUCAAGUGUGUUGAUCCCAGACAUAGAGUCCUCUAGCUGAGAUGGAGGAAGGUGUAAAGUUGCUGAGGACCCUGCUGUGUCCCCUUUGCACACAAAGCCAGCUAUAUUCUAGGGGGAAAUGAGCAGGACUUUUCGUGUUGGCUAAUGAAGAUGGUCUUACCUGUGUAACAAAAGUGUUUCAGAGGAAAAGGCUAAAUGUGACCAGUAACCGAUUUACCUGAAAGUUCAGUGACUGUUGCUUUGUCUGCACCUGGGCUUUAAUGAGAUUUUAGUUCAAGUGCUACCUUGUCUUCUCUGAUUAAAGAUGAAAACUAAAUAUACCAAGAGUACUUCCAGCAAGAUGCUGCUUUGCUUGACACAGACUUUUCCCAUCCCACACCCCCACAUCUCUCCCCAUCCUUUAAAUAGGAAAGGAUAUCAGAGACCUUGGAGUAACAGAAAUUUGCUCAUCAAUGUUCCCGAGGUAAUUUAUACCAGCCUAAGCAAGGGGCACAAGAAGGUUGGACACAGCCGGGGAUUAGCUGGCUCUGGGUGCCCUCUAGGGUCAAUCCCUUGCUGUCGUGGCCUUGCCUUCUUUUCAAGAGAAUUCUUAGUUUUGCUGAAUGUGAGAAAAUAGAUACAUUUUGCUACAGGGAGUGCUUGUCUGAAAAAUGUGCUGGCUAUGUGAUGACCUGGUAUAAUCUGGAUUGAAUAUAUUUUUCAUGUUGGAUUUAGUGCAGGGCAUCCUUCCUGACAGAUUUUGUCACUGUCAGAUUCAACACUGGUGCACCAUGUUAUCUCUAGAUGGUGUCAGCCACAUACUGUGCCUGCUUAUCAUCUGGAAACUUUUAUCUGUUUUUCUGGCCUACUGCUUUACAAAAAUGUCCCUUUUCUCUUUUUGCACUCCCAGGGCCAUCAAAAAAGUAUGGUGCAAGAGGAUGUAACUCUUAAUAUAAAAUUUUGCUCACGUACAAACUUCUUAAAAUUGGCCUUCAUCUUAGGACUGGACAAUGUAUGCUCAGUGUGAAAUAUUUUUUUAAGCACUCCAGGGUAUAUUGCUUGGAAACGUGUAGAUUUAUUUCUCAACUCAAAAUAUUAUGGAUCUACCAUCUAGAAGAAGGGAAUUUGUAUAUGUGAGUUGCUGGAAGUAUUUUGUGCCUGUUGGGCUUGCUGGGUAAUUGUUAUUAAUUGAAAUAUAAUAACUGGUGCUUCUUAAGCUCUGAGGUACUGGGCAAGAACACAUUUUUGUUUACUCCUGAAAGUUGGCAAUAUGUAAAAAUCCUCUUAGAGAAGAAAACAUGAUAAUUCAUGUGCAAGAAUAUGUUAUGCAGCUAUUGGAGCCUGUGUGUCCACAUUCUUGGGUGUCCAGGGAGAGAUGCAAAACACUAAGUCUGUAAGGUAGAUUGGUAUCAGCUGUUUCUGUGAAUUCCACCUUGUGGGAUUGCUGGACAUGCUCAUUCAGACCAGGAUGAGAAGAAAUGCAAAGGUAAUAUGCGUUAAAGCAGUGCAUGGACACACAAGCAGGGUGGGAUACCCAGGAGCUCCCAGUGUCAUCCCAGGGGAAAGUUGCCAGUGUUCAUGAUGAUAGGCCUGCUGCUAGUGAUGGUCCUGGGAGAUGUUGGGAUGUCACCAGCAGGAUGAAUAAGUGCUCUUUCUCUCCCUGGUUUUGGAGUUUUCAUCAUUUCAGGAUGGAUUUGUGAGUGUCUCACACAGUCACAGUGACUGCCUGGUCAGAUUAAAUUUUUUAAAAUUAGAUGUAUCAAGUCUGUUUUGCUAUUUGCUUUGUGAGUUAAUUGGAAGUGCAUUUGCCAAGUUCAGUGUACAUGAGUGGUCAGAGCAAGCUGUUCAGAGCAGACCUGUGGAGCCAGUUUUGCUGCAGUAUCAGUGAGCCACUCUUUCCCAGGCAGCAGCCCUGGCCCUCAUGCCCAGCCCAGCUUGAGGCCCUCCUGAUACCCUUACUCAGCUGAUGAAGAAAGCAAACACUUCCCUUUUGGCGUGCACUGGAAUUGAAUGUAAAUUAAACCAAACACCUGGGGACAGCAAUGCUAUGAAAUCAGGGUUGCUAAAUAAUGACAGCAACUGAUUGUGAGGGUGUAGGGAAAAGGGAAGCUUGGAGGCUAAUAGGAAUUUAAGUAAAGAUCACUGUGCUACCUGUCUGUGCUGUGGGACUCUAAGAACAUGAAGCUGAGGUUUUCAUGUCACCUCUCAAUGUUUGAACAUUUCAUACAUUGCUUUCCUGUGGAAAUAAGUGCCUGGCACCUUAGGAAAGGACUAAGGGACCCACUGGGAAGGGCUGGCAGGAGGAGAAGAUCCCUGGCCUGAGGUGUGCUCUGCACUACAAAGCUGUGGGGGAGUGAACAGCUCUCUUGCCCUGAGUGCACAACACUGUCCCCUGCCAGGUGCUAUGUCCCAUUUCUUCACACUACAUCUCACUGUGUGGGGUCUCAACUCGCUGUCACUGGAGGGAAACCUACUCAUGAAGAGAAAAAUGUUCCUUUUCUAGUACUUUCCAGUGAAAUAGAGCAUGGAUGCAAGACACUAAUUUAAUGGCAUAUAAUGGGAAAUUUGCUGCUUUUCUCCUUCCAGAAGUCUCUCCUCAGAAGAGGAACUAUGCCAUCUUGCUAGACUGUGAAGUACUGCGCAAAAUAAUGACACUUAAAUAAUAAUUACUGCAGCUGGAGAGUGUGUGGGAGUAUGAAAGGAGCCUAGCUGAUCUGAUGUUUUAAUGCUAUUAAUUGCAUGGCCUUCUGUGAGAGAGGGAGGCCAAGAUUUUGGUAAUUGUUUUAGGUCAGGUCUAAUCAACAGUUUUCACUAGCAUACUUUAAUGAGAGCUGUCAAAACGGUACCAUGAAUGUAAGUGGAAUUCUCUGUGACUGUCACAACACUGCAAAAUAAAGCUGGUAAAUACUCUGGAAA